ACUCGAUACCACUAUCAAACUACUCUUUCGUUUUUAGUUUUUUUUUUGUUAACUCUUUUAUUUAUUAUUUAAAAUGACUUUCAAUUAGCUUUUAUAAUUACGAUUUAAUGCUAAGUGUGUACGCAACUGUGUUUGAUUCAAAGUGCCUUAUAAGCUGUACGCAAUCAGCUUGAAAAAUAACCAACUAGAAAACCAAUUGUGUAAUUUACAUGCAAAUGUCUUUUAUACCUGCUGGCCAACAACAACAACAACAGCAGCAAAAGCCAACAACAACGAGAGGAGCAGAAGCAGCGCAGCGUGUUUUGCACAUUGUCAAAAACGGAGUGUGUAGAAAACGGCACGGAAAUGCCACUGAAAUUAUUUAAAAAAUGUCGACAAUAUAAUGUGACGUCAAAAAGUUUAUUUGUUAUAUCUGUGCAUCAUUUGCUAGACACCACGAGCACCGUUGAUUGCACCAUCAGCUCGGAGAGCAAGGGCCAGGAGUGCUUGGAUAAUGUGUGCCAGCGUCUGCUCAUCCAGCAGCCGGAAUUCUUUGGCCUGCGCUAUUUGGUCAAGGACAAGGAGGACGAAUACAAAUGGAUCGAUUUGGAGCGUUCGCUCAGUCGGCAGCGUGACAAAUAUGCCGCCGCACCAAAGAUGUACUUGCGAGUGCGACAUUAUGUGACAACCGGAGUGCGUCAUCUGAAUGACGAAGCGACGCGUUUCUAUUAUUUUCUGCAGCUGAAGAGCGACAUUUAUGAGGGACGCAUCGCUUGCGAUAUACGCACAGCGAUCCUCCUGGCGCUCUAUUGCCGGAAGGCCGAGUACGAUAGCUAUCAGGGCGACAAGCAGCCCAAGGAUUAUUUGAAAAAGUCACUCGUGCUGCCGCGCAACAUGCAGGGAUUGGCCAACGAUGACAGCAUGCUGGAUGGCCUGAUUAUGGAGGUGUUGCAGCAGCAUGCGGGAAUCGAGCAUCUGACCCAGAGCCAGGCGGAGGAGAUGUACAUACAGUGCUGUCAGCAGUUGGAUGGAUAUGGCGAGGAGCGUUUCGCUGCCAAGGAUACGCUCGGCAAUGAUCUGCUGCUGGGUCUGGCCAUCAAUGGGAUGGUCGUCAAUGCGGACAAUGGCAGACAGUACUUUCCGUGGAAGGACUUCCACACGGUGACCAUUGAUAAGCGCACCAUCAAAAUCGAACAGAAUAAAAUCGAUGGCGAUGGCAGCAUCGUCGGCAGUUUUAUCUUUAGCGAGGCGGACGUGGCACGCUACUUCUGGAAGCUGUGCAUCAUGCAGCACAAGUUCUUCAAGCGCUACAUCGACACAGAGACGCCUUCCAGUUUGGGCAGCAGCGUUGGCGCCGACAUCGAGAGCAACAAUGGUCACUGCACUCUGGGCGCCGACAGCGUUGGCUACGUGGAAUAUGAUUAUAUGGCAGCAGCGGAGCAACAACACCAGCAGCAGCAGCAACAAUUGCAGCAACAGUUGCAGCAGCAGCAGCAGCAACAACAGCAACAUCAGCAGCAACAGCUGCUAUCAUCAAAUAUUUCGCUCGCUGCCAGUCACAGCCAGCUUUUGGGGCAGAGCAGCAGCUGUUUGGACUUGAGCAACAACAAUUUGCACAGCAGCAACAGCAUGCUGCACCACAGCGCCAGCGGCAGCAAUAACAACAACAAUAACAACAUCAACAGCAACAGCAACAAUGGCAGCAGCAACAUGAACAUCAAUGCAGAUCCCCACGAACGGGAACGCCUGCAGGCCAUGCUGCCCACGUAUCGCCCAGCCCCGGACUACGAGACAGCCGUGCAGCUCAAGUAUCGCACAACAUCCUCUGAGCUGCACAAUGUGGCACUGGCGCUCGCAACGCCCGGGAAUGCGGGCGCCUACUAUGCCGGCUCGCAGCCCGAUGUCCACAAUCCCGGCGUCUACGGCGAAAGUUUGUUGUUCAGUCAUCAUCUGACGGCCGCACAUCGUUAUCCGGAUGUGACACAGCCGGCAGCUGCACUGCAUGCGCAUCAUCAUCAUCUCAAUCUCUACCAGACACAGCAGCAGCAGCAGCAGCAACAACAGCAGCAGCAACAGCCUUCUGCAUACUUGGAGCUCUCGCAGCGUAUGCAAAUGAUGCGGCACAAGGCGCCGCCACCGUAUCCAGUGAAUCGGCUGAGCUCCUCCUCCACGCCGGAUCUGGCCGUGGCGACGCCGCGACCACUGCAAGGCUUUCGCAAUUAUGUUUCGGGUUCAUCGCCCGAUCUGGUGUCGAAUCGCAAUCUACUCAAUGGCGGUCAGUUUGUCGCCUUGGCUGCUGCCGGCGGUGUGCAUGGCGGAGGCGGUGGUGCUGGUGUUGGUGGUGGUGGUGGUGGCAAUGUGCCCACCUCAUCGGGUGCCACGAUGUUGCAUCAGUAUCCGUACAUUAGCCACAUGGGCCACUCGCAACCAUAUCUGCCGCCGCACGGCACCUUUGAGAACCUCAACAUGAUCGAGGAGCAGCCGUCCAUUAUGUCCCAGCUCCGCCAGUCGGCAAUGAGUCAAGCGGCCGCCGCAGCUGCAGCGGUCCAAAGUUCACCAACACUGCCACCCAGUGGCUAUCGCAGCUCUGCACCACCGCCAGCGAGCAGUCCACAGCCGGCAGCGGCAACAACGCCGACGCCGUUGCAACGUAGCGCGAUGAAUGGCUCCAUUGAGCCAAUUUACGAAAAUGUGCCACUGCCGCAGCGUGCAAGCGGCGGUAGCAGCAGCGGCGGCAAUGCCAAUGCGGAUGCCAUGCGGCAACGUGCCGCCUCCAUACAAUCAGCGCCACCAGGCGUGGCACCAGUGCCAGCUGCACGCCAAGCGGCCGCCAACAGCAACAAUGUUGUUACGCUGACGGUGAAUGCGCCGGCCGACGAUGAGAUUACCCGAAAUAUUAAGAAAUACGGCGCGGAUCGUGCAGCGAGCACAGAGUUGCAGUUCUUGGAGCCACAGGCACCGUUGCGUGCCGCACGUGCGGCAAGUGCCGCGCCAGCAAUUGGAGCGACGGCACCGCCGCGGCAACAUCGCUCGACGGCGAGCUUAAACAAGUCGACGGUGGAUGUGAUUUCGCCGGCGGGCGAUUCGCUGCAUCAGCAAUUCAGUGCCAUGAAUCUAUCAGCCAAUACAUCGGCCUCGGCGUCGACGACAUCUUCGAUGUUCAACUCAACGCUGGACACCACGAGCUCCUCGGCGGCCAGCAAGGAUGUGAAGCGUCGCCGGCGUUGGAACAUUUUGUCGCGCAGCAAAACGCCCGACAAACAAAAGUCGGCCACGCUCGGCAGAGAGAAGGCCAGCUCCUCGGCCGCCCAGCAAGCCAAGCUGGCGACCAAAAUGAAGCUGGCCCAGGACGAUCUAAAUCUGCCGCAUCGCUGGUCAACGGGCCUAACCAAGCCGCAGCCCAUAUCGGGCCAGUAUUCCAAGGAUAAAUUGUGCCAGAUUUUAAAUGAUAAGCUGCAGGAUGCACAGCUCUUUAUGGAGUUCGAGCGCAUACCGAAGAGACGUGAGCAUGCCCAAUACGAUUGUGCUUUGCUUGAGGAGAACGAGUCGAAGAAUCACGAUCCCAAUUUUCUGCCAUACGAUGAUAAUCGCGUCCGUCUCACGCCAUCCAUGGACAAUCGACAUGGCUACGUGAAUGCCUCCUACAUAUCGGCCACUGUGGGCACAAAGCAACGAUUUUAUAUUGUCGCCCAAUCGCCGCAGGAGUCGCAAACGAUGCGCAUCUUCUGGCAGUGCGUCUGGGAGGCGGAUGUUUACCUAGUUGUGCAGUUAACCGAGGACAUGAGCUAUAUACCGCUCAGCAGUCAACAGCGCAUGGAGUUUGGACACUUCCAGGUGUAUCAGGAAUUCUCACAAACCACCGAUCGGUGCACGACGAGCAAGCUGCGUUUGUAUCAUGCACCGUCGCGUCGCUAUCGCUCUGUGUGGCAUCUGCAGUACGCCGAUUGGGUCGAGCAGAAUUGCCCGCGGGAUGUCAAUCAUUUUCUCGACUUUCUCGAGGAGCUCAAUUCGGUGCGAUUGGCAUCGACGCAUGAAGUGCCGCCCGGUCACAAUACCAAUCCGCCCGUGCUCAUCCACUGCCUGGAGGGUGGCGGUCGUUCAGGUGUCACCCUAACAGCAGACCUCUUGCUCUACACACUGGAUCACAAUGAGGACUUGGAUAUACCGCGGGUCAUUGGGCAGCUGCGACAUCAGCGGGACAGCAUUAUACCAUCGCUAGCGCAAUAUAAGUUUAUCUACAAUCUGCUCAUCACCUAUCUGAAACGCACGAGGUUAAUCUGAAGCGAUUGUAAACUGGCUCAUUUGCAUAUAGUAUUUCUUGUUUAAGCCUAACGUAUGAAUAACAAAUGAAAACGAAACGAAAAGAAAGGAAAGGAAAAGAAAAGAAACGAACAACUGUUUUGCAUCUACUACUACUUAAAGACUUAGUUUCAUAUUCUCCACAUAAUAUUAAUGAUAAGUAUCAUAUGAGUGUUCUUCCACGUGUGCAGCUAUAAACCACCACAGCCACCAACCAUUAUAGACGAUCAUUUAGUUUAUUUGCUUUGUGAUCCCAAUUGUUUACACCUAAGUUCCGAAUUUGUUACCAAAAUUUACGCGCUCCACCCAAUACAAAUACUAAUUUUUGUGUUAAUCAUAGUGCUUAGGUUUAAAGCCAAAUUAUUUAUACAUUUUUUUAAUGAACCAAUUGAUAUGCUCUACGCAACGCAAAGCAAUAAUAAAAAAAUCAAAUUUAA